AAGCCGGGGCCGUCGUACCAGCUGUACGCGUCGAUCCAGCGACUGCGACGCAACACUGCCACAUUCGUCGCCUGUCGCAAUCCUUUCGAAACUGCGGCAAAUACAAAGACCAGCUGCAGCGCCGCCCGCAACACAGUCACAGCAAUGUCCGCCCUCACGAACUACGACAAGUGGAAGGGCAUCGGCGACGAGGAGGACGCCGAGGACCAGCGCUCCCAACCGCCGCGGCCCGUCGUCACGCGCCUCGACGCCGCGACGACGGGCGUGACCAUCGGAAGCGACGGCUGGUCCGUGACGCGCACGGGGCACGACAAGUUCGACGUCACGCCAGCUUCAAAGCCGCAAGAACCAGCAAAGCCGAAGCGGGGGGGCAUCGACUACUCGAAGUGGGACGCCUUCGACGAGAGCGACGGCGAGGGCGAGCCGAACCGCUACGUCGAGGACGACGUCGAGGCCGAGCGCGUCGAGCAGUGGAAAGCAGAAGCUGCUCUGUCGAAGCCCGUGCCGCCGCCGGCCAGCAAAAAUCCAGUGGUAGACGCCACCAAAGACGGCGGCUUCUGUACAAGAAAUGGAAGGAUCUGCGCGGUCUGGAGUCAGUCUGCGGAAGAUAUAGUUGCGAGGUUCCCCGUCGGUGCGAGUACGCGGGCGCACAACGUCCGCUGCUCAUUACAGUACAAGGGCGACGCCUGCGUUUUGACCGUGAAUGAAUUGACCGAAGCGCUGAAGCACGACGUCUGGUGUAGCGACGACCCCCGGCCUUCCUUUCGCUUGGCGCCGUCUCACGACGAAGAUGCUCUCAAGGACUCCUUCGACUGGUGCCUCGAGGACAGCGUCAUACCGCUGCCGACGGAUUGUAGGUGUGUCUGCGUUUCCCUCAAGAAGCGGCCCGUUGCCCUUGGCGUCGUGACGUGGUGGUCUACGUUGUUUGCUGAGAGUGCUGAUGUUGAUGAAACGCCGCGCGACACGACUUCAUUGGAGAGCCGCUCUAAAAGAAGAGCGGGCACGCCCGAGGAGUUCCAGGCGGCCUGGGCCGGCGCUCAUGCUCAAUUCCGCGAGAAGGUCGCGAACCACCCUCCGCCGGUCGAGGUCGAGCUACCGGACGAGGGCUAGUGUGCUUAACAGUGAUAAAAUUAGG